CUUUUCAGUAUGAUGCUGUUCCAAUCCAGUCGAGUGUGGUUAUAUGUUCCUGCCCAUCCCCAUCAAUGGUGAGGAACCAGACAGAUUCCAGCACUCCAUCUGUCAUUACCACCUGUGGCAGCAGAAAGGGGUCUAACAUGGAGGGAACUGCAGCUGAAUCAAGGUCAAGUUCAAACUCCCUACAGCAACAUUCAGGACAACAGCCUCCAGAGCCUCGAAAAAAACGACGUGAGAAUUUCAAAUUUGGGAAGAUUCUGGGUGAAGGAUCUUUCUCAACAGUUGUCUUGGCCCGAGAAUUGGCAACUUCCAGAGAAUAUGCCAUUAAAAUUCUAGAAAAACGUCAUAUCAUAAAAGAAAAUAAGGUCCCCUAUGUGACCAGAGAGAGAGAUGUAAUGUCCCAUCUGGAUCACCCUUUCUUUGUGAAACUCUACUUCACAUUUCAGGAUGAUGAAAAGCUGUAUUUUGGACUUAGCUAUGCCAAAAAUGGAGAGCUUCUAAAAUACAUUCGCAAAAUUGGCUCAUUUGAUGAGACCUGUACCAGGUUUUAUACUGCUGAAAUUGUAUCAGCAUUAGAGUACUUGCAUGGAAAGGGAAUAAUUCACAGGGACCUUAAGCCAGAGAACAUUUUGCUAAAUGAAGAGAUGCACAUUCAAAUAACAGAUUUUGGAACAGCAAAAGUAUUAUCUGCAGAUAGUAGACAAGCACGGGCAAACUCAUUUGUAGGGACAGCGCAAUACGUUUCUCCGGAAUUAUUGACAGAAAAAUCUGCCUGUAAAAGUUCUGACCUCUGGGCUCUUGGAUGUAUAAUAUACCAGCUUGUAGCCGGAUUGCCACCAUUUAGAGCUGGCAAUGAAUAUCUUAUAUUUCAGAAGAUAAUUAAGUUGGAAUAUGACUUCCCAGAAAAAUUCUUCCCCAAGGCAAAAGACCUUGUGGAAAAGCUUUUGGUUCUGGAUGCUACAAAGAGAUUAGGCUGUGAAGAAAUGGGAGGGUAUGGACCUCUUAAGGCUCAUCCAUUCUUUGAAUCCAUUACAUGGGAGAAUCUGCAUCAUCAGACACCCCCAAAGCUCACAGCAUAUUUACCCGCUAUGUCUGAAGAUGAUGAGGAUUGUUAUGGAAAUUACGACAAUCUCCUGAGUCAAUUUGGUUGCAUGCAAGUUUCUGGUUCGGCAUCCUCCCCUUCACUAUCUGCCCCAGAGACCAGUCACCCACAAACAUCAGGGAACAUAGAACAGUACAUUCACGAUCUUGACAAUAACUCCUUUGAGUUGGACUUGCAGUUUUCUGAAGAUGAGAAGAGACUACUACUGGCAAAACAGGCUGGUGGAAAUCCAUGGCACCAGUUUGUAGAAAACAACUUAAUACUAAAAAUGGGUCCAGUAGAUAAAAGAAAGGGAUUGUUUGCUCGUCGGCGCCAAUUAUUGCUCACUGAAGGGCCCCAUCUCUAUUAUGUGGAUCCUGUCAACAAAGUUCUGAAAGGAGAAAUUCCAUGGUCACUAGAGCUGCGACCAGAAGCCAAGAAUUUUAAGACCUUUUUUGUUCAUACACCUAACAGGACAUAUUACCUGAUGGACCCAAGUGGGAAUGCUCAUAAAUGGUGCAAAAAGAUACAUGAAGUUUGGCGGCACAGAUAUCAUCAGAAUGCUGCUAAAUAGUAAAGCUCAUCCAAAAUGUCCCAGUCUCCCUACUUGCUGCUAGAACUCCAUGUGCAGCCGAUCAGAGGAAUCUUCCCAACCCAUCUAUGAUCCAUCUCAAGGGGAAGCAUAUGUCUGAAAUAUUUUGUUUUUUUUAAAAACGACAAACACAAAUGGAAUUCAGGGUCGCUUUGCUUGCUCUUUGUGCUUCUGUUAAGGCUUCCACAUGCAUAUCGUUGAAGUGAGGAUCUUGCUUUUGUGCACUUCAGCUCUAUUUCUGCUGCAAACUAAUGGAUAGACUUUGCAUUACCAGCUUCAUUUAAGAUCAGUUAAAACUGAUCUACACGCAUACACCCCAGAUCAUGUACCAGUCCUACACUUUAUGGGGCUGGGAUUAUUUCUGUGACUUUCAGAUGAUCAUUAAACUGUAUUUCAUCAGGGAGCUUUUAAUGCUUCUGCUGAGGUGUAACCAGCACCUCCUCUCUACUUUCCUUCCCCCCCCCGCCUUCUUUUUUUUCUUUUCUAACUGGUAUCUGGCAUUUGCAGUCAGGUCAGUUGCACCCUUGCAUAACUCCUAAUAUAAUUCUGGUUGCAGGAUUUCCGUGGUACUUAUUAUAAUUAUGUGAGUAAAUCAGAUGUAUGUGUCUGGCAGUCAGACACCGAUGAUACAGGUUGUAAGAAAGUAAAAUGCUGAACGUGGCACUGAAAUUUCUAAAAUUGAAAUUUUGGCUUUUGAAGUUCAUAAAAUUUUAAAUAAGGAAUUUUAAUUUGAUGCAUUUACAAGUUUAAUCAAGGAACAAUAAACUUACCAGCAUGCUUUUAAUUAAUACUAACUAAAUUAAAUUAACCAGUUAGUAUAAAAUGUUACUAUUGAGGUAGUAAUUAGACUCUUCAGCUUUUCAGGAGAUGAGGGCAAGUAGCUUUCUUUCCAGGGUAUGCAUGUACUGUGCAUUUUAGUGGGGCCAACCUAUUUACUUGGGUAGAGAAGGAAGAGUGAAAACUUUGAUGUACAAUUGAUGACUUGAUUUGUCUCUUUGUAUAAUGAGGUGUACAAAUAUUCUUGUCCUGGUCAUUGGCCAAACAACUUGCAGACCUUUUAGCAAUUCUGAAAAUAUUUUAAACCAUUUAAAUACAAUAAGCUUAUACACUAAUCUGAAUAGUUGGAAGUUCAAAUGAAAAUGUUGAAUCAAAGGAGAAAAUGUAUGGUACUCUAGUCAUAUCUAUAAAUGUUUGUUUCAUAUCGGUCUGCUUCAUCCUUUUUCAAAUUAAAUUGUUGUGGUCAAACAUUUCCUGUGACACAGCAAAGACUUUGCUUUGUACAUGUUAAAAGUAACUUCUCUAAUAGUGUUUUCCAUAUAUCUGUGCUUUUGGGUAACCAGAUCCCCUGGAAAGAGCAUGCCCAUGCCUGGACAAAGACAUUCCUCCCUCAUGUCUAAAGCAGUAUAAAUACCACAUCUAUUCACUCAUCAUUUUCAGAAAUCUUUCAUUUUUGCUCCUUUGCCACUUCAAUUGUUUUUGUACAAAGUACUUCUCUCCCCACCACCCCCAGUCUCCCUCAAAGGAGGAUCACCCUGCUGUUGUGUCAAGCCCAUUGGUGGAUUCCAUUUUUGUGGUUAGUCUGAAUGUCCUAGGAGUAACCAAGCAAUGCUAGAUUUUCCAUAUGCACCUAAAGAGGCCUGUUGUGUAACAGUUCAAUAUAUCAGUAUUUUCAGAUCCUUAAAGGAGAGUCUGAUUAAGUUGCUACUUUCCUCCUAAUUGUUUUUGAAGAAGUACCAGUGUGUAGUUAGAUCCUGUAGAAAAGAAUCCAUACCAAUACUCUACAACAAAUUCACUAACAUGCAUGGUCAUAUUUUUGCGGGGAGGAUGAGGGGGUACAGUGCCUCACAGGCUCCUGGCAUAAAGGGAAAAGUAGAGGAUAUUCCUCCUGUUAAAAUCAGAUGCUAGUCUGAAAGUAACUUCACCCCUACUCCAAAGGCAAACCACUUGCCACUAAGUUCUUAAAGUAACACAGGACUCCUACAAUUAUAUUAACUCCAUAGCCAACAUCACAGCCAAGAUAAUACAGUAUUGCUUUUUUUUUGAGUUUGUGGCAAUGGAUACCUGUUAGUACCAAACUAUCCACGUCACCUGUAUGUCAACUCUAUCUGAGGCAGUGCAGCAGGUUCUGGAUUACAAGUCUGUAGCACUGCGCUAUAGGCAAGUACUAUUCUUGCCUUCUGUAGAAGAGCUUGGUCGUGGUGGAGCUGUACAGCAGCUCAAACAUAUUUACUGCUGUUACUUUAAGUGUGGCAUCUCCAAGCAAAACACAGCUUUGCAAAGUGGUGGCUUGUUACGGAGUUUAGCAAUGAUUCCACUAAUUUGAACAGAGGCUAGAAUAGCAUCCAUAAACUUAUUUAUUUCCCCUGAUUACAUGAUCCUGUUCUUUCUCUAAACACGUUUUCUGUAACAUCAAAUAGUUUAGCAACCCCUCUUGUCAUUCAGAAAAAUCUUUUUCUCUUUCUGCCCACUUUUUUUUUUUUUUUAAACUGUCCCUAUAACAUCUGAUCCUGCACACACACUACUUUCACCCAAAGAAGGUCUCUUGUGAAAGAAAGCAAGAAUGAUUGCAGUCAUUGCUGUGUAGAUAGUAAAUGUGAGAGUCUGCAAAGUUGGGUGUUUGCAUUGUGGGGUACUUUGCUCUUUUAAAAAUUACAGUAUUGCAGUUAGAAACUUCUCCAGGCGGACUCCUGCACUAAGCUCUGUCUCCUCUGCAUAUUCAUGUUCCUCGUUAUUAAGCCAUGCUCCGCAGGUAGGGUUAUGGCCCAUGAAAAAAGCUGAGUAGUGUUAGCUAUUAUUCUCUAUCUAGAACAAGUUACAAUAUUGAGCACUACCUUCUAUAGUAGGCAAAACCUCACAAAUAACAAAAUCGGCUUCCAAAAAAUGUUGUUUUCAUUCUAUUUUUUUCUCAGAUUAUUUGGACUCAGUCUAAAACGUAAUUCACAAACCUUCACUGAGGAAUGGACUUCCUUUUGCAGUGGAAGGGGGCAAAAGCUGAGCCAGAGGCUUGCCGUCCUUAAUCUCUGCUUUAUUGGAGGAGAGCAAGUCAAGUGAAACUACUUCAUCCCCAUGUUUCCCCUCCAGUGAAGAGGAGAAUAGGCUAGAAAAGGCUGCUCCUUGCUGUUGCACUUGGAGGAGGGGACCAAAACUAUUCUGGGCGAGGCUUCCCCCAGUCACUUUUCUGUGACUAGGGGUAUGCUAGUGGAAGAUUUAUACUAUGGGAGGAUAAGGCAAAGGCUGUCAUGUGGAAUGGGUAAAGUCCACGUGCAUGCUGCUUACGGACAUAUCAGGAAGUGCUAUGUACUAUGGUGGAGUGGUUCCUGCAUUGGAUAAGUAUAUCUCAGUGUAGUGAUGUCCUCGUGGACAAAGCAGUUGAAUGCCUUGUGUGAGAACACACUCAGCCAUUCAUGAGAAUGCAUGGAGAAGAGUGCAUAGAGUAUGCUAAACGGCCUGCUCUAGGGCUGAGAGCAGGCCAUUUAGAAGUCUCCAUACUGUAAUCAUAUGAUCUCCAGAGGGGAGAGUGUAGCUGGCCACUAGCAGCUCAUUGUUCUUGAAGAUAUUUGGGGCAAGGAAUGUAGAGCCUACUGAUUCAUUCACUCUCCUUUCCCAGCUACAAUUACCAAGAUUUCCAGAAAGAUUGUGAGUCAGUGUGGCUGUGAUUCAGAUUAGGAGACAUUUAGUUUGAGAUCAGACUCCCAGAAGGGUACUCAACUCUGGUGAUGGGCCUGCUUUCCAUUGAAUGGAAUCUGGUUGAAGAAAAGGCAGUGGGAUUGGUGCUAGAAAGGAUACUUAACCCACUUUCCUUUUUCCUGUGGGAUAUUGACCCAGUCUUGUCUGCUGUAUAGCUUUAAAAAUAUCAGGGCAUGUUCAAGAUUUUUUGGCUAGGCUGAGAGUUUGAGGCAAAUGGUGAUAAAGCAAUGCCCUAAGCCCUCUUCUGAGCAGGGUUUAUUUUAAGGACAGUUAAGUUAUAGCUCACAUAAGCAUUGUUUUUCUGCUUUAGACGAUCUAUUGUACCUAUCACGAGCAGUGUACCACAACAGUCUUAAGAGGCGCUGUACUAACGAAGUUGGAGUCUCUAAGGCAUCUUGAGAACUAUGCAGCAUUGCUAUUGUCCCAUAAUGCUGUUGAACUGUGUAGCAAUUCUGCUAGAUACAGCUCCCGAAAACUUCCUGAGGGGUGGGUAAAAGUUUUAUAUCCAUGCUUCAGCUUUUGUGCUGUGAUAUGAGGGAUGGUAAUGUUGGACACUGAUGCCUUCUGUAUUGGGCACUUUCAAAGGAUCCUGUGGACUUAGCCCUCACACACUGAAGAGAAAUAUUUCUCCUAUUCAUUUUUGUUGACUUUAGAAACCCAAGUUUAAUUAUCAGUGAUAAAAAUCCUCCAUUUUAAAAUAAUACAUAAAUCUAUUGUCUAUAUGUCUCCUGCAACCUAAAAGACAAACACUGAAAGUGUGUGUGUGUGUGCAGCUGUGUUUGUAUGUAUGGGUGAAGUGGGGGGAUAUUACAUGAUGCAAAUGCUAUGAAGAACUAUGGCUGGAUGGGCAAUAUUUUAUACUCACCCACUUCCAAAUUUUGACUAUUCAUGCUGGACCAAGGAGUCUUUUUGUGAAGGGCCAUAUACAUAUUUUGGAGAUAUAGGUCCUGUUGGCUCAAAAACAUUUGCGCCAUAAAGAAAGCAGUAGCUUAAAUAAUGAAGUUCUUUCACCCCAAAUCCUGACUGGGAGCUGAGUAUUCCAACUGGACCACAUAGCUGUAAUUCUUUCCAUCUGUGAUGAGAUUCUUUGUUAGUCUGAGUAGUUUCCUAUGGGAAUAAGACAUUUAUUAUUAAUGUCUUAGCUGGGGAAAGGAGAUACAUGAUUUGCUAAAGCUGGGCUUUGGGGAUGCUACACGUAACUCUCUUCCUCGAGCUAGUAUUUUAAAAAGAACUGAUGUGUACACAUGGGUGUGGUAUUUAUACUACUUGAAGCAUUUGGUGAAUACUUCAACCAUUUUGUCUUUAGGCCAAUAUUUUACUAAUUAAACUAUGAAUCACUUCUGCAAUGCCUCAUGGCCCAGAAAAUGUCUGUCUAUAGAUACUUCCUUCAGUCAGCUUGCAGGUAAGUAUUUCUCUUUGACCCAGAGCAGUGUAUUUUCAGCUAAAAUGGGAAAUUUAUAAUCAAACUGGUAAACUGCAUUUCCCUAUAAUGUGUUUGCACUGUCUUGGAAGAAACACAGCUAUAAACAGUGAACAAUUUAGAAAUGGAAAACUUAUUUCUUAAACUGGCUGAAGCAUGCAAGUCCAGUCUGUUUGAGUGACAGUGAAUGGGGAUAGUUGCUGAUUGAAAUUGCUUAUGUACUGAAUUUGAUUGGAUAUGGCAGUCUCCUAAAUUGUGGCAGGACUCACAACUGCUGUAUCUGUCUAACAAAAAAACCAAACAAACUAGGAA